AUGCUUUCUGCUGAACCAUCGUCGACUCCGAUCACCGCCUUGGCUAUGGAUGGUGGGCAUGUUGAUGGGUUGCACAAGGGGAAGACGGAGAGUAUUCAAAUACCUCAUGUCAAGACCACUGAGAAGGACGAUGAGUCUAUUGCUUCCGGCUCAACCGACUCUCAGUCCCAGCUCAAGAAGAGACUCAGUGCAGAUAUGUCGAAAGAACAAGUUGAAGAUCUGGUGCGCAAGUUGACCAUCGAUGAGAUGAAGACAAGAUGGUUUGACGAGAUCUUUGAAAAAGUCAAGUCUGAGCUGGUUGAGGAGCACUCACCAGCAGAUACGCCUUCAUCCUCAGAACCUUCAAGCCCCAGAUCACACCCUGCCAAGCCUGCUUCUCACGAAUCUGUCCCCCGAGAGCCUGUUCGCGAAGAGCCAAAGAAGCAGGAAUCAGCGUCUUCGUCCUUCGACUCCAAGAACAAGUCUCACAGCAAUCCUUCUUCCAGCCGCAGCUCCCUCGGUAGUCCUACCACGUCUUACAUCUCCGACUCUGCCUCUUCCCGUGCCUCCAAUCGUCCUUCUUCACCCCCAAAACCAGCUAUCAAAGAGUCCUCACCGCCUGCUCCAAAGUCUCGGCCAUGCGUACGAUUCUCCAAAGCUCCGAUCAUUUUGAAUGAAGGCCCCGAGCCUCGACACCCUGAACCGCGGCCAACAUCACGAUCUGUGCCGCCUCCAGAACCGGUGAAACAGGGCCCAGCACUAUCAGCUGUUGACCUGAAAUGGGGUACACUUUUCGAUGACAAGGGUGAGCCUACCAAGAGACUUGGUCAGGUUCUUCGAGGAAUCGCCAACUAUUUGAUCACUGAAUACAGCCCUCACAACUCACUCGUCGUCACUCCGGAGAAGCUCAAUGCUUUCUAUCUCGAAUACAAGCUUGACACAGAGACAUUCCCCUUUCAGCAAAUCUUUGACUGUGGACCACACGGAGCUCUUGAUAAUCUAGAAACACUGUAUCAACACCUCCGAUGUGAGAACCACCUGAUCCAAAGACGCCCCGGAGGCAUGCCACAUAUCCCAUCCCUUACGCCCGCUGGUUUCGAGCGUUGGAUGACAUGUCAGCUUCGUGCAUUCCCCGAUCAAGAAGCCAAGCGUCUUAACCACAUCAUGACCGAUCUUCCCAUCACAGCUGAUGGUGUUCUCGUCGAUGACAAGCCCGAGCGCUUGCCGAAGCAGAUCUCUCGACAUCUUCUUCCAGCGACUCGGCAUCGAGAGACACAUGAUCUUGUGGUUGAUGCUAUUGCGGGGUGGAUCAAACAUACUGAGGAGAAUGAGUCUGAUUACAGACGGACCUCUUCUGAAGAUGUUUACAAGAUCAAGGAGAAGUCGGGACGGUAUAGACCUGAUGACUACCGAGAGCGUGAGAAGUAUCGACGCGGAUCGAAGGAUAACCACAGACAAUCGCCUUUAUCCUCCUCCGGCCGUUUCGUCUCCCGUGUCGGUUCAGACAGCACCAUCCGCCCCUCAAAGGAAACUCCUGUAUCUUCAGGCUCAAGCCACAGAGCCAGAAGCCCUGUAUCCAACCGGUAUCGCCACUCAGCAUCUGCCAUAGACAGUAGCUCCCACGCCGUCGAUGCCUACGAUAUACCCUCACCCAGUCAUCGCAACAGCCAUCCCACCAGCAGCAGUCGACGCAGCCGGGACAAAGAGUAUAGAUACUCUUCAAGCCCCAAGUCAAAGUCGCCGAUUGAAGCAACUCCAAGAACCCUACCCCGGCGAGAUGCUGAUCGGCGAUCAAGCUUGAUCUUUGAAGAGACGGGCAAGGAUCCCAGUGGCAUGACUUACGAUGAGUACCUACGAAUGAAUCAACGACCGAUGAGAAAUGCCGUUGUAGAUGAUGGUGGACAUUAUCGCACGACUUACUGA